GCGUCACUGGCACAUAUCGGUAGCAGUUAACAGGCAGACACUUUGCGGGUCAAACCUUAGCAUCUCAGACUAUCUCAAAGUACUGACCCACCUCCUCUUAAGUCACUUUUGUCCCCACACCACCAACUCCAAAUUCUCCACACCACCAACUUCAAAUUUUUAACACUAAGUCAACAAGAAAAAAAAAAGCUUUUUUAAUAGUAUAUACUACACCCUUUAUACUAUACCUAGUAUCCUCUAUAUAUAAGAGACUGUCUCUAGGGGUAAGUUUCUUUAAAAAGUUAAUUUGUGUUACUAAAUUCUAGAUGUACCUUAAGCUAAUAGAGAUAUCUCUGUUUUCUUCUUUUUUCUGUAGGAAAAGGGUAAGCUGGUCUGUGCAUAGGUCUAUGCAGAAUUAAGCGAGAGACUUUAAGAGGUACUUUGAUGACUCAAGUGCUGCCCCGCAAUGUGUCUGCCUGUUAACUGCUACCCACAUAUCCUCUAUGCUCUUUCGCUAAAUCCGACUUACCAGGAAAAGCUGUAUCAAGACCUCGCGCAGCAGGGGUUCCCCACAGAUAUGGGUUGCUUGGAAAACAUCCUUCGUUUGAAGGCUUGUGUGAAGGAAGGCAUCCGUUGGGCUGGCAUUGCGGCUGCAAUGUUGCCUCGCGUCGUUCCUCAAGGUGGCGUCGAGUUGUGUGGGAUGCUCAUUCCUGAAGGGGUAGGAUAUGCAUGCACAUACCUCGCUGACUUGUUUGCUAAGCACCUGACAUUCCAAACUGUCAUUACCACUUCGCCCAUCUGGUAUCUUAGAGACAAGUAUGCUUACCCGAACCCCGAGUUCUUUGACCCCUAUCGCUGGAUCUACGAGGACGGUCUCUGUGAUGCUAAGAAAAUCAACAAAACGCUAACGCAAUCCGGUUCUAGCUUCUCUUACUUCGAGCUAUUUCUUAGUCUGGCUAAGAUGGUGGAGAACUUCAAGCUCGUCCAUAUGGGCAAGGAUGGGUUUGAACCAGUGGCUGGGCUGAACAGCUCAGGCUAGUAGCCAGUGCAGCUUCCCAAGAGAAAGGAGUGGCUUGCUGCGGUGGUGACACAACCAUUACUUGUCAAAGCUGUCCCGAGGGCCCGCAGCUGAUACACUCAUACAGAGUGGCAUUACAUGAGCUGAUGGGGAAACACACAUUUACAAGAAUCUAUAGCAGAAGCAUCAUGCUACCCCACCCGAUCUAAUUGGGCUCAUUGAUCCUUCUGCAGCAGACCAACUAUCGCGUAGGUGGAUGCAGAUGAGCUUAUUGUUUCGUGACUCUUUUUCUUAUCAUGAGCAUUGCAUUGCGCAAGUUUCGUUCAAGAGAAAGGCUAAUGUCCGAUGGACACGCGGUGUCAUCACUGUGACUCAUGAUUACCAUG